AUGCACAACUCAGUCACAGAUGAUGGUGGCGACAACUCUGCUGUUAUUCGUUAUAACACUGUCCAGGUGCAAGACCGUUCACCUGACGGACUUGGAAUGUAUAGUCCCUUACUAGUCCACUACCCAGAAAGUGGGUUUCAUAUUCCUUCAACUCCUUUCCAUGUGCCAUAUGUGGAUGCCACAGCGACAGCGGUGUACCCACCAACUCUGCAGCCAGCUCUCCCCACAACCGUACAGGUCAGCUUGACUAUCGUGUACAUCGUGAUGUUUUCUUUGAUAUUUAUUCUGGUGUAUGUCCAGUUGUGGAUGAUCUGGUAUUACAGGCAUAAACGUUUGAGCCACCAGACGCUGUUUUUGUUUAUGUGCCUUGUGUGGGCAGGGCUUCGGACAUCGUUGUUCUCGUUCUACUUCAACAACUGUGAUGAGGCCAAUAAUUUGAGCAUACCAUGGUACUGGAUACUUUACAGCUUGCCUGUUUGUCUACAGUUCUCAAUGCUGUGUUUGCUGCUGCAUUUCUUUGCCCAGGUUGUGUUCAAAGCCAAAGCAAAAUACGAGCCCAAACAAUACAAAAACCCUUUACGCAUCUUCUUAGCAGUGUCAGUGCUGGUCUUCGUUGCAGUGAAUGUAGCGGUCACUGUGAUAACAAAACACCACGAACGCCACUAUCACUCGAUACCUCUUUAUUUGAUUUAUAUCCGAGUCACCCUAACGGAGACCAUGUUUUUCAUUUAUGGAACUCUUUUAUCAGUUUCCAUCUUUAAGAUGACUAAGAUGACUUCCACACAGAGGGUUCUAGAAGCAAAGGGCACAACUGUUUGUAAAGCUGUGGCUGCAGCCAUCUGGAUUACACUGCUCUUCUUGUCACGCACAGUCUACAAUAUCAUCUCUAUGAUUCCUGCAAUGAAAGGAGCACCAAAUUUUGGCUUUGACUGGAUCAAUGUCACAGACCAGGCUGAUGCGGUCCCUCGAUUGUCAGAGAGCCUGGCUUAUGUGUCAUUCGGUGUGGUGCUUUUUGUGUGGGAAGUGCUGCCCAUUUCUAUUGUUGUUAUUUUCUUUCGUGUGAGAAGGCUAAGUACAGGCCAGGUGCUAACCGAUUUUUCAACGCAAAGUAAUGGGUCAAGAGUUUUCUUCUUUGAUAAUCCUCGACGUUAUGACAGUGAAGAUGACCUAGCUUCUCCAUCCAGUUCUGCCUACGCGGAUGCUGCAGGGUCACGCUCUUUCACUGGCGACAGCUAUCGCUCCAUAACACCGAGGGGAACCCCUAUCAACAGUUCUCUGUGGGGAGCUGCAGGUGCCCCUUCCCCACUGUUAAAUUCUUCUGGUGCUUAUUCUGGCAUGCCAAGUGACGGGGCGGGCCUGUACAACCCAAGAAGUCAUAAUUAUGGGUCAAUAAAUGUAGGUAGAGACGUUCAGUCUGGAACCGCUACAGGUUGA